UGACUAUAAAUACAGCGUUCCGUCUAGAAUUGCAUUUCAACUUGAAACUUUGCCCGCUCUACCUUUCUCUCAACCAACUACUACACAUUCUUCACCAUGCCUUCUGCAAAGUCAAGCGGCAAGGGUAAGGUCAGCGGCAAGGUCAAGAGCGAAGAAACCAAGUCUACGUCCCGUUCUACUAGAGCUGGUCUCCAGUUCCCAGUCAGCCGUAUUCAUCGCAUGUUGAGGAGAUCCAACGUCAGCAAGCGUAUUGGGUCUGGUGCACCCGUAUACCUUGCUGCAGUACUAGAGUACCUGUCAGCUGAAAUAUUGGAGUUGGCAGGAAACGCAGCUCGUGACAACAAGAAACGUCGUAUCAAUCCUCGUCACCUUCAACUAGCUAUUCGUAAUGAUGAAGAGUUGAGUAAACUACUCGGAGAUGUGAUUAUCUCUGAGGGUGGUGUCGUGCCUUACAUCAACCCUGCAGUACGUUUUUCCUCUACCAGCUAUUGAAUCAUCUUAAAAUGACCCCGUAUAGCUCCUUCCUGCAAAGAGCAAGAA